CGCAUGUUCAUUGCUGGGAGCUCGUUUCCUGCUCCGUGAGUAAUAUCGUGUCCUACCGAGAGUUAAAUGCGGAUUUGAUUCAGCGCGAUGUGCGUUUAUGACCCCUUCCGCCUUUGCAUGCUUAAGGGUGACCCUCCCACUAACACAGUAGACUGAAGAUCUGUGGCAUGGAUGUUCACUCUUAUUUGCGGGAAUUUUCAUUUUCUCAGAAGAAUCAAGGAACAGAAAGAAGAAUUCUGUGUGAAACUUGAUAUGGAGUGACUGAUGUAGGAACUUCUUCCUAAAUGGAAAAUCAAAUCUCCACACUGCCUUGAGUGGGUGCAGAGUGAAGGGUCAGUCGAAGUCUAAUCCCCCACAAGGGCUGGUAUUUGUCAGUUGCUUGUUUUCUGGGAAACCACAAGGGGGCAGCAGUAAGAAAGCGAGCUUCUGGCCCCCACGCGCUUGAGUACGCGUGUGGCUGUAGGGGCGGUGGCUUUCAUGUGGGUCCUGGGAGAUGAGCAAGGAAGCACAGAGUAACUCAGACCCUGAUAGCCAAAGGGGGGACAGAAAUAAAGAUGGAGCAGGGGAGGUGGAGACCUGGAGCAAAGGGACAAAAGGUCUAGUAUUAUCAGAUGGAGCGGAGAGGCCUUUGGCCAGUGCUGUGGAUGGAGAUGCUGUGGGGAAAGGUGAGGAGAGGGUGGGUUCAGAGAUGGAGGCCCAGGACAAGAUGGAUGAGCCUCCCGGUGACUGGCUGGAGCCUUUGGAGGAGGAUGACGACGAUGACGACGGCAUUGGGGACAACCGGCAGAGCUGGCAGCUGGGUCUGCUUCCGGGGGCUGCGUGUCACAACGGCAAAGGGGAUGUGGAAGUGGGCAGCUUGGCCGGGGAGAGCGAGCGUAGUGGGAGUCUGGCUGACAGCGAGCGCAACUUCAUGAGGAAGCGCAGGAGCAACGGCAACAGGUCCAGGCACAGGAGGAAGAAGAGCAUUGUCGACGACGAAUGGGAGGACUGGCCCAUACUGGGACGGGGCUGGAAGCGCAAGGAGGUCUUUCGCCGGUCGGGCUUCACCGUCGGCAGGACCGACACUUAUUACAUGAGCCCCAGCGGCGACCGCCUGCGCAGCAAGAUCGAGAUGAUCCGACACCUGGCCGGGGCCAUGGACCUGUCCUCCUUCGACUUCAAAUCGGGGCUGUUCCUGGACAGGGUUGUUAAAUGUGUCAGGAAACGGGGGCGUCCGAAAAAGGACCGAUCGCCGUCGACUGGUGGUGGUAAUUCUUCCGAGCGCAGUGUCUCCUCUGAGCGGGGGGGCCAUCCGGACCAUUCCUACACCUCCGACAUGCCCCUUGCCCUCCCGAGAGCCGCUCCUGGGUCCCCCCUGCCCCUGAGCAGGUCCCAGCAGGAGAGCGCUGCUUCCUUGCCAACCCGCCGCCCUGCUGGAAUCCUACCCGUUGGCUUCCGCAUCUGCCCUGUCGUUUGGUCGGAACCGGAUCCCUCACUGGCCCCCCUUAGUCUGCCCUCCACCCCCGAGGGUGAUGGCGAGCUGAGUUCCGGGUCGCCAUCGUCCUCUGUGGGGCCCGGUCUGUUCGCAGAUGUGCCUGGGAACACAGCUAGUAGCUGCUCCCGAUGCGGUGACCUGCUCACCGGGGGGGACGGGCCCCCACUGCAGCCAGGGACGUGCCAUAAGUGCAGGUCUGAGAAGAAGCCAGUUGACAGUAGAAGCAUCAUCUUCAGGAAGUGGCUGCCCUGUGGUCAGUGCCGUGCUUGCCUGGUCACAGAGGAUUGUGGGAACUGUGCCAACUGCAGAAACGGGCUUCUUUACCCCGAUUUUCGGAAACCGAUCCGGUGCCGGCACCGGAAGUGCUUGUGCCCCAUUCGCAAGAGUCUGGAGGCCCCCAUGGUGGAUGACUACACCGGGGCUUCAGCAAGCAGGCAAACAGUCAGUGAGUACACUGGAUCGGAAGAGUUCUUCCUUUUGGAUGAUGAUGAUGACUUGGAGGGCGGACCAAAGAGGCGCAGCCGGAGGGCCUGCGGCAUGUGCAGUGCCUGCCUGCACACCAGCGACUGCGGCACCUGCGACUUCUGCAUAGACAAGCCCAAAUUCGGAGGCAGCAAUAAGAAGAGGCAGAAGUGCCGGCUGAGGCAGUGCCAGAGGCAGGCCAUGAGACACCUGCUGCCCUUUCAGAUGGACGGGUUGGAGUUCCCUCCCGCAGAGGGCUGGUCAGAAGCAGGCAGGCCGAGACCGUCCUACAAAUACCCAGCCUGCAGCAGCAGCAUGCGGAAGAGCUCGGUGUUUAUGGAUGAGCCAUGGGGCACCGACGAGGAGGAGGACAGUAACGAGGCGUUCAGGCUGGAGCGUUACGGGCUGGAGACAAUGGAUGGUGACAGUGUCACUUCCCUGUUGUAUCAGGUCAACCCCACCAACGGCCAGAAGGAGGGAAGUGUCAGUUUCUGCCAGCUGCCCAUCCAGACUGAUGGUGGAGCGAAAAGCAGCAGGUCUGAAGGAAGGACUGAGAAUGGCCUUACUGACAAGCUGCCUGAUGGCGGCUACUCGCCCGCCGCCCUCCCUUUGAGAACCGCUGCUGGGCCGCCGGCGCUGUGCACGGUACCUGUGCGGAUGCCUGAGGGGCAGGUUGCCAGGGGGAGCGCGGGGCCCGAUGAAGGUGCCGGCCUCCAGGAGGUCGUCAGUCCCGUGAACGCCCUGGAGCUCACGCCCAAGGUGAGAUCAUGCAGACAGGCCACUGAUGGGCUUCCUGAAUCCCUGGCUCCAUGCCCAUUGGCUCUAACACCCCUGCAGAUCACGCAGAUAUUCAGCCUGGCGGGCCCCAUCCAGCCAGGGCCUGAAUGCCUGUCUCCGGACCGUGAGCUGCGGCAGCUGCUGGCGAAGCUGCACGAAUCCGUGCUGCCCAUCCACUGGGUGGCGCUGAUGACCGAGGGCCCGCAGCUGCAGCUGGUGCAGUGCUCCAAGCUGUCGGCCAUGGCGGACACGGUACUGCACAUCGAACUCGGCCUCGGUUACCAGCUCAGCGUGCAGGGCCAGCCGCUGCUGCCCACCCACCCCGUGUACGACGGCCGGCCGGCCCGCAUGGCAUCUGUGGCCGACGUAGUGUCCCUUCUCCUGGACCUGGAGGAACUGGCAGUGUGUCUGGGCUUUCCACUGUCCGGCAUGCUGCCCUGCCCUGGGCCAUCGCCCUGUGAGCGGGCAGCCACUUGCGACUUCCUGGUGCCGCAGAACACUGAGCGCUGCAGGAAGUGUGCUGCAGUAGCGCCAGUGCAGUAAGGAGACUGCAGGAAACGCAGCCUGUCCUUCUCACUGUCACCACCACCCUAUCCCAUGCGUUCCCUGUAGCCUCAGGGUCUUAAAUGCCCAAGCGUCUGCAUGCAUACUCAUGCCGACUCAGGUUUGAGCCAAACUAGACACUGAUGUCAGUUUAAAUCCAUUUGACCCCUAAUUCCUUUAUUCUGUGUUAAGGGUCUUUGUACUUACGUUUGUACUUAUAAGAUGGUAGAAAGAGGGGAUAUUUUAUAUUUUAAUAAAAUUUGCCCUUUAAAAAUCAAAAUUAAUACUUCUGAUUUUAUCACUGAUUUUACAAUAUUGAAUUCAGCGGAUAAUUGUAUUAUAACUGUCCUGCUCUAAAAAGUGACCCAUCUAUUUUAGCUUUGCUUUAUUUGCUUUCUGUGUAUGUUGGUUUCUACUACGGCUUCGUUAUUUGCACAGAGGUACCCAUAAUUCCCUGCUCCCAGGACCUCCCUUCUCUGCUGGUAAACACAGGAUCUGAGUGGGGGUUUCCAAGCAGCCCGUAAAUCCCCAUCAAGCAGGGCAACUGCGUCACUCAUCUCUACAGGCACAUGGGCUUGCCUAACUAAGACCAUAACAGAUUAACUAAAGCAGUUAAUAUCAAUGCCUCAACAGAGAGCAGCAUAAAGAACUCAUAUUCUGGUCCUUUUGCCAAAAAGGCAAGACGGUGAGGUUUAUAGACUUUAGGCAGAGAACUGGAUUCAACCUGGUUAUUGGGAGACUUCGUAAUGAAGUGUUCUUACAAAUGCCUUAAACCAGUAUAAACACCAAGAGGUUUUUGUCCUUGAGUUUUAGGAUGCACAAACUGCUUUUAGGACAUUAGCCUUGGCGGACGUAGUUGUGAGAUUAAACAAUUUCUCUCCUAUCAAUUUAAUUUUUUCAGUAUGUAAAUCUUGUAAUUAGUGUGAAUACACUAUGUGUAAUGAAUUAGAUGUUAAGGCUGCCUAUAGCCAGAUAGUUCGUGAAACAGUUUAAACAAACAAAGGUAAUAUUCCAGUGACACUGUUACUGGUUUUAUUUUAGUUAAGUCUCAGGUAACUUGAACCUAGCUUGUGUGACUCUCAGAUUCAGGGUGAAAUUAGCACUUCCAUAAUUAGAUCUCAUAAAAGAUGUCUUUGUCCUUGCCCUUUAGGGAAGUCUCAGGUCCAGAUGCUAGUAAGGAUCCUACUGAAAGUUCGCAAUUCAGUACCUUUCCAGUGGUCCCCCUUGUUUGUAAUCUAAAUAGUUUAACCAUAGCCAGUUAACACCCAAGUGCUUUUAAUUACAACAUUUUUGAAGAUGGCACCGUUGAGAGGGGGUGGCAGGGGUAUGUUUAUCCAGGCCCUGGACUGGAGGGAGCCUGGUCAGGGGGCUAAAGGUGAUAUUUUGUGCGGGAGCUCAAAAUUACUUGCUGCGUCCUUGAAUGCACGUGACCCCCCCUGUAAUUCACCAUGCCACCAACAGAGCAAAUUAGGUGGAUUCUCCACACAUGGGUUCAGUCGAAACAUGUUUUGUGUAACUAAAAAUUAAUAUCAGUCUAUUUAGAUGGUAAACACGGCGUGUCUAGCACUGCGGUGUCGAGGCGUGAGACACGAUUUGUUCCUAUUUUCUAGGAAAAUUUUCGUUUUUCUGAGAUGACUCGUGUGCGCCCUAAGGGAGACGCUGUAGAGAGUGGAACAUGGCUUUAAACAGAUAAGUAGAUGCACUUUAUUGGUCCCAAGCGGGAAAUUCUGGAUGAUGCAACUGGAUGUGAACACGCAUUUGUCCUUUUUACUAGAUGCGUGGUUGUAAAAAACAAGCGUACAAGAAAUAAGGAAAAAUAUACAUGUACCUUAAAUAUACGGUAAAGACUUACCUGAACGGUCAGUGCCGGAUGAAGAAAGUUAUUUUUGUACAAGUGUUUUAAGUGAGCGAGAUUUGUCGGCCCGCCCCCCAAAAAAGGAGAAAAUCGAUGUGUGCGAGCCGAUCAGCUUGUUUUAUUGUAUGAUUGUGUGUGUAUGUGUGGUUGUAUGGGCCGAUUUUUAACCCCAGUCCAGUUCUUUUGCUUUGUCAUUGCAAUGAUUCAUUAUGGUUGCGUAUAGGUUUGCGUUAAUGUGACGCCAUAUGCAUUAUGUGUAAGAAAUAUAUGCUAUAAUUUGACUUGCACGUUUUUUGGAUUUAUUAAUCUUAACACAAUUUCAUUUCACAUAAAAAGACAAACUUUCCCCGGAUCUCCGCGACAGAAAUAUAGGCCUAUCCAAUACAUAGUCGAAUGUAUUUUUCAGGAUGUUUUCUCCCGUACAUCUUAAAGAACUGUUUGUGACUGCUGAUGUCGAUCAUUUAAGCAUAGUAUAGCUUUUCGCAACAUUUCAGUUAUUUGUGGUUUGGAAAGGUUUUCGAGAUUCAUGCGUCUGUGUGAAUGCUAACCUAAAUGUUUGCCUCUUUCCGCAAUGCAUGCUUUCCUUCCCUUUUAAAAAUCUCUUGCCCGAGUGUGUGCUUUAAAGUUCUAGUUUAAUGAGUGUAUCGUAAAAGAAAUCAAUAGCGUGUUAUUUUGGGCCUGUAAAAUGUUUAUUCAAAUAAAGCUAUUUUUGCUACA